GCCCCGGAUCUUUGGCGGGAGACACGUCACAUGAGGAUGGACGGACGAGGAGAAAACCGGAGGGUUCUAAGGUGGCCCAGCAUGCCUCACUCUGGGAGAACCCCGGAAGUGCGUCACAGACCAGCUCAUCAGUUUCCCGCCACCGGACCAACAUCCCGGCACGUCACAUGAGCGAUCUGUCCGCAAAGAUCAACGCAACCCGCCAAAAGUUUAACCAAGCCCAGGAUGGCACUUCAUCUUCGUCCUCGUCGAAACCCAAAUCGGACACGGCAGGGGAACCGGUGUCAAAAUUGUUACAUCGCGGUAGAACCGACUUCAGUCAGCUACUACAAAAGUUCUCCGGUUCCGAGGCAUCGGCUUCGGAAAAAUCCGACUGUGAAAAUGUCGGCCUGACGUCAUCAUCUCCCGUAAGCGGGAUUCCCCGGAGAGGUUUUGUACGACGCCAGGAGGCGAAAGAAAUCAUCAGCUCCAGCGACGACUCAGAGAGUGCACGGCGCACCCCGGAGAGAACCCAGAGUUUAAAACUCACGUCGAAUCGGAUACGAGAAGAUGGGAACCGGUCGUCUGAAUCGCCAGGCAGAACCGGUAUCGAGAAAAGCUCUAGCUUUCGGUCUGAUUUCAUGUCCAGGAGACUCUCUCAAAGACGUGACGAAGGAAGCGAUAAAGAAUCGACAGAACCGGCUAAACAAACCUCAGCUGAAGCCACUGUUAAGACUGUGGCCUCUCCUACGUCCAACAAACCGUCGGCCUCUGAAUCCGGAACUCUGUCUGGCGUGACUAGCGAGCCCGCCCACCCUGAGAAAACGUCAUCUCCACCGACAGACCUGACCGACGGCGCUGGAACGUGGCUCUCUGGGCGAGGGAGCCAAGAAGCGAUUUCCAAAGCCGAGGAUUACAUUAAACGAGUCGAGACGACCAUCAGCACGGCCCGGUCUAAGCGAUCCGCGGAGAAAUCGAAAAGCCCGAGUCUGGGAAUCGGAUCGACUUCUGCGUCCGGCAGAACCGGUGCCACGAAGUCGUCAGAUGAUACCAAGCUGCGUGCUGAGGAAGAGCGCGCAGGUUCCUUCAUCAAUCCUACUGAAAAGCCAGUAGUGGACGAGUCGUCGGCAUCGGAUCAGGCUAUCAGUGGCACUGGCGAUGCCAAAUCGGAAAGUGAAGAAAAAUCAACGACAGCAGCGGCAACAACGGCAGCAGCGUCAUCAUCUCAUCUUCCAUCUUCUCAGUCCGCUUCUCACGUCCCGGACACCCUCUCUGCCGUUUCCUCCUCUUCGUCGUCAUCCAUAAAGCCGGAUACGCUGUCUUUACCAUCGGUGACAACAACGAGCGCAGAAGAACGAGUUCCAUCCCCCGUAUCGUCAACAUCUUCGAUCUCACCUCGACCUGGAGAAGCCGCCAGCAGCGACCACUCUUUCACCUCCUCCUCUUCCUCAUCCUCCAGCACCAUCUCCUCUACCAUUCGUCGCUCCGCAUCACUCCGAGAUAACAGCUUCAGAUCGGACUCGGUAGACAAACAGCGGAAAGGUAUACUUAAACGCACUUCGUCCAUGAGCAAGUCAGACGGGGGAAGCAGUGACGUCAUUGUGGACCCUCAGCUGGCCAAAAUCCUUCAGCAGAGGCGCGAAAUCCAGGGAGAUGUGGAGGAAGAGGACGAGGAAGUAGAGGAGGAAGAGGAAGAGGCGGCAUGCGUGUCUCCGCGGAGGAGGAGAUCCCGGGCUCUGUCGGCCGCGGAGGAGAUUGAGGAGACCUUGAAGUGAGUACCCGCUCGUGGCGCGUUGUACGUGCCUUA